UCCUAAUAUCCCAUCUUUGAUCAGUUAUUUGCAUUGCACUCAGAUUUCAGAUCACCCAUGCCCUCAACAUUCAGCCGCUUCGUCCCGCCGGUAAACUUUGCAUUGGUUGAAGAAGGUGUCUACCGUGCCGGCCAACCGACCGCUAUCAAUAUACCUUUUCUUGAAUCUCUCAAACUCAAAACGAUAGUAUGGCUUGCUGUCGAGGAACCCAACGAAAUGGUCCUCGCGUUUGCAGAUGAAAAUGAAUUGACGAUCCACCACAUGGGACUAGCAGAAGGCGGUAAUCCGUGGGACCCUCUCACAGAACAAUGUGUUCUCGAUGCUCUUCACGAGGUCAUCAAUUUGAGUAACUUCCCGUUGCUCAUCAGCUGUGGCAUGGGUCGGCAUCGAACUGGCACAGUAGUUGGCUGUCUGCGGAGGUUACAAGGAUGGAAUCUCGCAGCUGCAUUAGAAGAAUAUCGUCGCUUCACCGGGACCCGGCGCACUCGCGUCGUGAAUGAAUUGCAUAUUGAAGCUUUUCGUCGCGAAUCUGUGGCCCUACCAGCUAAGGAAGUUAUACCUAAGUGGCUUUGGGCUGCACUAUCCACAGAGUGAUGGGUGAGUGAGCGACACGGAGCUCCAUCAAGAGGCCAAGAGAGUGCCCGGAAUUGCGUAGUUUCUUUGAAGGCUAUCCGAGAUGAAACAAAAAGAAAGUCCCUGGGAAGAGAGCAAGUGAGAUGACUUAUGUAUUUGCGGAAGAACGUCCAUUAGAACUAUUGGCGGUAAUACUUGUUUUCCACCGGAAUUCGGUUUGUUUUGGAGUUUCUGGGCUUGGUUUGACACAGUUUGACAUGGUUUGAUGGGAGAUACCAAUUUCUCGGGUGUUCCUUUUCCAUUUGUUUCUUCAAUCAAUGAUAAUGGCGAGCUAAGGACGGCAGACUUGGGGAAUACGAUGACCAAAUAGAAAAAUUCAUGCCCACUGGUACGGACUAGAAGAGUCAUUAGAAGAUUGCCGCCCCAUGAUACAGUUAGGAAGUCUUCUAACGAUACAUCCCGCUUUGAAAUUGACGAGGUCCUCUUCU